UGUGUCUAGUGAUCGUCUGCCGACUGGAAUCGAGCGAUCACUGAAUUCCGAUCGGGUUCCGAAUCAAACUGCCAGUCAGUCAGUCCGCCAGUACGUUUGGAGUCGUCGAGUGCGCGUGCCAACUGGAGCUGAUUCGCCAAUAGCCCCGCAAUCCCAUCUCCCAACCCAUCUCCGGACCCCAGAAGAUCGCCUUUUCAAGAUCACGGUGGAGAUCCCCACAUCCCGGUCGUGCGUCGCUCCUUACUCGUGUUCCAUCGCCCUAACUUAACUCUCUCACUAUCUCUCUUGCGGGGCUCGUGUGGGUCGUAAACAUAACUCAAAAAGCGCUGGUGAAGUCAGUAGCCGGCUAUACGCGACUCGGUUCGGAAGUCUCCGCUCCUAACAAAUGCCAAAGUCCCCACACUUCGAUAAAGGGUGUGCAAAAAAAUUAAAAUAAAACAAGUUAAAUAAAUAAGAAAUAACACAAAAAAAGAAAAUCAUAUGAAAUGCAACUUUUCGACGACUUUUGUAAAAGCUUCAACAAGGAAUUGCAACGGGCAAAUUUCGGCUUCGCAUACAAUCGCGUUCACUUAUUCUACAGAUCUCAGUGGCAAAAAGAUGAGAUCAACACAAUAUACUUACUGUACCGGUGGUUAUGGGCCCUGUUUUUCCUGGGCGUGUACAUCAUGUGCAUAACAGUUCAGUUUAGCGAUGGAAAGUUCUUUAUCUACAUGACCAACUGGGGAUUCGGGCUGUGCACGAUCACCCUGCUGAUUUCCGCCGUACAGGUCACCUGCUGGCACUAUGAUCUGAGAAAUACCCGGAGUCUGGUGCAGGAAUCCGCCCACAAGAUCGAUACCUCGAGGGCCCUGAAAAUAUACUGGUGGCUGUAUAAUAUGACCCUUUCACUGGCACUGAUCAUAUCAACAGUCUACUGGGUGUUCCUCCAUGGAAAAAUGAAUAAGCCCAUGCGAUACCCUGGAAUCAGCAUAAUUACCCACGGACUGAAUUCUGUGAUGAUGAUGAUCGAUUUCUUUGUUGUGGCAUUUCCGAUUAGGAUCUUACAUGUAGUUUAUGGGAUGAGUCUGGCGAUCUUUUUCUUCAUAUUCACUUACGUUUACCACUUAUGCGGGGGAACAGAUGAGUUUGGCAAUCCCUAUGUGUAUCCCAUUCUGGAUUGGAGCAAUCCCGACCGCUGUUUGGUGACCUUUGUGGGCAUCUUUCUGCUCAUUCUCUGUUACUGGAUGCUGCUCUUCGGACUCUACAAGCUAAAGAGGAUGUUCAACAAAGCCUUCAGUGUGGUCUGGACUCCUCAUGCAGUGGGCCUGAUAUGAGGGACUUACAAUACGAUAAUGACACCACAGACAUACAUGUAAUAUCACCUCAUUAGCACCCGCACAUAAACCACGUUAUAUUAGCAUCGCCAGCAUUAUGUAAUGUAAGUCCAUUUAGAAACCAUCCUAAAUCACAAAACGACUAAAUGGGAGUGGCAUCGCUACACACACAUUCGCAUGCAUUUAUUUAUAUCUAGUAUUUGAUAUUGUAAGUUUUAAUCCUCUGGUUCCUUAACAUUGAAUUGGUUUAGCUAGGUAUAAAAAGAAUUAAUUUUGUUACUACAUAUAUGGAUUUAAUAUAAAUAUGAAACUUGUUGAAAAUACUCUACUUGAUAGUAUCGUAUUUAACAAAUACUUCAAGAGAAUUAUGGAAUUGUAUAAACAUAUAACGAAAAUAGAAAUAAAAUAAAAUGUAUAUAUGAACUUAAA